GUGAGCAGUCAUUUUCUUUUGCACUUCAGACAGCGUCUCUGGUCGCAGCUAAAGCUUUAAUAGAUUCACAAGCAACACUACAGCAGAGAUGCGAUUAGUUGUCACUGUCCUCCUGCGCUAGAUAGAGGUCUGAGGCAAUGUAUAGCGGGUCAUAACAUCCUCUGGAAAAUACAACUAAAGCCUUAAGGGAACAUGCCAUGUGUCCAGACCCAGUGCGGCUCCUCUCCACAGGGAGCCAGCCCGGCCUCUCAGAGCGCCAGCGGAGAGCGCGGCUGCGACUUCCUCACCCCGGAGUUUGUCAAGUUCAGCAUGGACCUUACUAACAGUGAAAUCUCAGCUGCAACGUCGAGCCACAGUUUUGGCCCUUUGGGUGACACUUAUGGCGCCGGAUACGACGCUAAGCCCCCGUGUCUCUUCCAAAUGCCGGCGCAGGGGGAGAUUCCCUGCGUCAAGGUGGAGAAUGCGCACGGGUGUCCGCGCUAUCAGCCUAAUCAGCAUCACCCAAACCAGUCCGAGGAGCUGCUCUCCUCCCCGGGCUCCGUUUAUUAUUACCGCUCUCCCUCUCCGCACACGGCGCUCACAUCCAACUUCCAAACUCCACCUGGACACAUAUGGGAGGACUCCGGCUCUCUGUACAGUUUUCGACAAGACUAUUUUGCGGCGACACACAGGAAAAACACACUUUCCAGAUUCUCAUUGUUUUCCCUCAAACAUGCGCAACACGGCGGGCAGAGUUUGUCCACCUGCCAGAUGAAAUUUGACGGAUCUCUCCAAGUGUCCAUGAACCUGGACGCAACCGGGGCACACCAGCAGUUGGACAGCCCCGGGGUGGGAUUUCCUCACCCGCUCCAGUUCGCCCACGGCCACCACUUUAUGGACUACCAGACUUCUUGUGCUCCCAGCCGAGGACCGCUGAGCACGGAGGGGCUGUGCGCGGUGUGCGGCGACAACGCAGCCUGCCAGCACUACGGAGUGCGCACCUGCGAGGGCUGCAAAGGGUUCUUCAAGCGCACAGUACAAAAAAAUGCCAAGUAUGUGUGUUUGGCUGCCAAAAGCUGCCCUGUGGACAAACGCAGGAGGAACCGAUGCCAAUACUGUCGCUUCCAGAAGUGCCUUGCAGUGGGAAUGGUCAAAGAAGUGGUGAGGACAGAUGGUCUGAAAGGUCGAAGAGGUCGCCUGCCAUCCAAACCUAAAACCCUUCCAGACUCGUCUUCACCUGUUAGCACCCUACUGAGCGCCCUCAUCAGGGCGCAUGUGGAAUCGAACUCUCCCCCUUCUCGCCUUGACUACUUUAAAUUCAAGGAGAAUUCAGAAAGCCCAUCAGGAGAUGACGCUCAGCACGUGCGGCAGUUUUAUGACCUCCUGACCAGAUCGAUGGAGGUGAUUCGAGGUUGGGCGCAGAGGAUCCCAGGCUUCACUUCCCUGCCCAAACACGACCAAGAACUCCUUUUCUACUCAGCUUUCCUGGAGCUCUUUGUUUUACGUUUGUCAUACAGAUCCAACCCAGAGGAAGGAAAGCUGAUCUUCUGCGACGGCUCAGUGUGGCACCGGCUCCAGUGCUUGCGGGGCUUUGGGGAGUGGAUUGACAGCAUUGUUGAGUUCUCUGCUAAUCUGCAGAGGAUGAACCUGGAUGUGUCCACCUUCUCCUGCAUAUGCACUCUUGCCCUGGUCACAGCAGAGCGGCACGGACUUAAGGAGCCGAAGAAAGUGGAGGAGCUGCAGAACAACAUUGUUAAGUGCUUGAAGGACGCCGACGGAGGCUCAGACUAUUGGUCCAGCCAUUUGUCCAGACUUUUGGAAAAACUGCGUGAACUUCGCACUCUGUGCAUCCAAGGCCUGCAGAGGAUUUUUUAUUUGAAGCUGGAGGAUUUGGUGCCGCCGCCUGCAAUAAUAGAUAAGUUAUUCCUUGACACGUUGCCAUUUUAGAGACAUUAGAGAAUACACAUGGGGACGUUUUUCCUCUACACUCCUUCUGAUUUAAUCCCAACAGUCGUUUCUGAUAGUUUGACAUCUGUGAACUUUAAAAUCUAAUAUUUGUUGAUAAAUUGCAUUUUCCUCAAAAACAAGUGAAAAUGAGAACAAUUUCCAACACAAAAUAAUUUUGUUCUUAUAAGAUUUAGUGACCUGCUUUGCAAAAUUUGGACCAAUGUAAUUACUAUCUGCAAAACAGGAGAAAUUAAUUCAUAGCCCAAUUUACCUUUUAAUUUUUGUUUAAUUUUUGCAAUGCAAUUUUAACAGCCUGUCAGGCCAAAAUGAUUGGCUGUAAGUGAAAUAUACCAUUUUACACUCUUAUAAAGAGGCAGUUUUGAUACAAGACGAGUGUUUCCCAUCACAUUUA